AAACAGGUGGAAUAGGAAACGUCGCCUACAGAGGAAAUUUUUCACCGGCAACACAAGAACAGAAAAAAUGAAUCUAAGUGAUUUCUUGCGUUUUUUUAACUUACACUUAUUGUUUUUAAUUUUGUAUUUUAUCGGAACGGGUCAGUCUAAGGUCGAGGUGCCGCGACCCAGAGGCGUGUCGCUUUCCAGGACAGGUUUAUAUGAUCCGGAGAAAAAUUUCACUUGCUUGGAUGGCAGCAAAUCCAUACCCUUUAAUCAGGUGAAUGAUGACUAUUGUGAUUGCCAGGACGGCAGUGACGAGCCAGGCACUAGUGCAUGCUAUGGAGGUACUUUUCACUGCCCUAAUGCAGAAUACAGACCAGAAAAUAUCCCUUCCUAUAGAGUCAAUGAUGGAGUGUGUGAUUGCUGUGAUGGCACCGAUGAGUACUCAGGUGUUAUCACUUGUGUGGAUAACUGUUUAGAAGUGGGCCGAGCUGCUAGGGAAGAAGCAGCUCGCAUUGCUGAACUUUAUAAAGCUGGUAAACAACUGAGAGCAGAUUUGGCCCAAGAAGGUCAAAAACUGAAAAAUGAGAAGCAACAGAGACUUAACGAAUUGAAGAAAACCAAAGAGGAAGCAGACAAAGUAAAGGCUGAACGGGAGGAACUUAAAAAAUUGGCUGAAGCAGCAGAGUCAAAAGCUUUGGAGUACUAUAAUCAACUUGAAGAAGAGCAAAAUGCCAAAAGAGCAGAGUUGGAGGCAGCUCAAGAUAAAGAACAAGCGGUACAGUUCUUCAAAAGAUUAGACACUAAUGGGGACAGUUAUCUCACUUUAGAAGAAGUCCUGGCUAGAAAAUGUUUUGACAAGAACAGAGAUGGUCAAGUAACAGAAGAUGAAGCCAAAUAUUUCCUAAACUCUGAAGAGCAAUUGGACCUGGAGGGUUAUUUGGAAAAAGCCUGGCCCCAGAUGAAGCCCUAUAGAGUGUUGGACUCGGACAUGGAUAUUCCACCGAAAGUAGAAAACGAACCUACAGAAGAAGCGCCAACAGAAGCAGACGAUUUGGCACCUCUCGAGGGUGAAGAGGAAGAAGAGGAGGAGGAGGAUGAGGAUACAGAUGAUCAGGAGCAAGUACAACAAGAGGAACCACCGAAGCCUCAGGUUGAAUAUGAUGAGGCAACUAAGAAGUUGAUUGAACUCGCUUCACAGGCUAGAACUGCUUUUACUGAAUCUGAAAACGACGUAAGACAAAUAAACACACAAAUAACUGACAUAGAAAGGAGCCUGACUCAAGACUUUGGCCGCGAAGAGGAGUUCGCCAGUUUAGAAGGUCAAUGUUUUGAAUACGAGGAUCACGAGUACACUUACAAGCUGUGUCCUUUCGAUAAAACCUUACAAGUACCAAAGAGUGGCAGUAUGGAAAUCACUCUGGGACGGUGGUCAGAAUGGGAUGGCCCCGAAGAAAACAAAUACUCCUCGAUGUUGUACACCAAUGGCCAAAAUUGCUGGAACGGACCGAACAGGACCACCAAGGUGAAAGUUUCUUGUGGUAUUGAAAAUAAGGUCACCAGUGUAGCUGAACCAAAUAGGUGCGAGUACGCUUUCGAGUUUGAAACUCCCGCGGCCUGCAAAGAGUCAAGUCAACAAGCGGAAAACGACUUACACGACGAAUUAUAGGUUAGAGUAUAAAUGUAAAUAAAUAAUUUCUAGGGGUCAAAUGUUAAAAUGAAACUUUUUUAACUUUGUAUGAUGAUGUAAUUUAUUUUGUCAUUUAUUUCAUACAUCUUUUACAAUAUUAUUACUAUUACUUUGUAGGUUGUUGAGUAUUGUUUCUUUUUUUUUUUUUGAAAAACAAUAAAGAUUUUAUAAAGUAUAA